UGCCGGCAAGCGCAGCUGUAGUACAGUUGUCAAGUUAAGUAAGAGUGGAAAACAAAAGGAUAGGAGGUGGUGUGAAUUUAGUCUUGACAGCGGUAUAUCAGAGCUGUCCCUACAAAGGCACACUCGGUAAUCUGGAGUAAUGUUUUCUUUAUCGGCGUAUUUUCAGCCACAGGUAACUGUGCCCCUGAGCCAGCUUAUCAAUGCCCUCCAUUCCCUCAAGAGCUCCGCCAGUUCUGCCGCCACUGCCUCAGUUCAGAGUCUACAAAGAGAACGCAUACCAGAUCAAGACCUUCCUCAUGAGCCUAAACUAAACCUCAGGGACCUGGGCCUAUCAGAUCUGAAAUUAGGGCAGCUGGAUGACCUGAUGAACAGGCUGCUGCCUAGAUCAUUGCCAGUCGAGAGUCCAGCCUGUAAUGCUGAGAAUGUCACAACAAAUUGGAAGAUGUCCCACGUUUCUACAGAUUCGUUCUUUCAUAAUAAACAUGGGUUUUCUCACAGAAAUACUGGACUUUUCGGUUCUCCAGUGCUCCACAGGCAGAGGCAUAGUCCUCUCCAGGCGGUCUGUUCUGAUCUUCAGCACUGGCAAGGCUGGAUCCAAAAUAGAGGGUUUAAAACUCUAAGGUCCAAAACUAGGCGUCUGCAGGCUGGUUAUGAGGCACCAGCAGAACCAGAGGGUUACACACCAGCCUUUAUGAAGGGUCUCCUGAAGGAUAAACCAGAGGCGGAUAGUCUUGAUCAGAUAAUAAAGCAAAGGAACUUAUCAGACACUCAGCAGGAUGCCUUUAAGGCUGGCUUCACAGAGGGUUUCAUGAAAGCCCAAACACUGACACAAAGAACACAAGACUCGCUUAAGAGGACAAGGUUGGUUUUACUUGUCCUCCUUCUCGUUGGCAUUUAUGGGCUAUCAAGAACCCCAUUCCUCUCGGGUAAAGGCUCCUUUUCUGAUACUGUUCGCUUCCGUACCACCUCUGGCCUGGAUUCUGCAGUGGAUCCCAUUCAGAUGAAGAAUGUCACAUUUGAACAUGUAAAAGGAGUUGAAGAAGCGAAAAAUGAGCUUCAGGAUGUUGUUGAAUUCCUGAGAAACCCACAGAAGUUCACAGCUCUUGGUGGAAAGUUACCUAAAGGUAUCCUCCUUGUGGGUCCUCCUGGAACAGGAAAGACUCUCCUUGCCAGAGCUGUUGCAGGGGAAGCAGAUGUACCCUUUUACUAUGCAUCAGGCUCAGAAUUUGAUGAGAUGUUUGUGGGUGUAGGAGCGAGUCGAAUCAGGAACCUCUUCAAGGAGGCAAAAGCCAAUGCACCCUGUGUCAUUUUCAUUGACGAGUUGGACAGUGUGGGUGGAAAGAGAAUUGAGUCUCCUAUGCACCCCUACUCACGACAGACUAUCAACCAGCUGCUUGCUGAAAUGGAUGGGUUUAAACCUAAUGAGGGGGUCAUCGUGGUUGGCGCCACAAACUUUGCAGAGGCUUUGGACAAUGCUUUGGUGAGACCAGGAAGGUUUGAUAUGCAAGUUACAGUUCCAAGGCCAGAUGUGAAAGGACGUACAGAGAUUCUUAAAUGGUAUCUGAAGAAAAUCAAAGUGGAUUCUGCUGUGGAUGCAGAGAUCAUUGCUAGGGGAACUGUGGGCUUCUCUGGGGCAGAGCUGGAGAAUCUGGUGAACCAGGCAGCGCUGAAGGCUGCUGUGGAUGGGAAGGACAUGGUUACUAUGAAGGACCUAGAAUUUGCAAAGGACAAGAUCCUCAUGGGCCCUGAACGUAGGAGCGUUGAGAUAGACAAGAAAAACAAGACCAUCACAGCAUAUCAUGAGUCUGGGCAUGCCAUUGUGGCAUAUUACACCAAAGAUGCCAUGCCCAUCAAUAAAGCCACCAUCAUGCCUCGGGGACCCACUCUGGGCCAUGUGUCUAUGCUCCCCGAAAAUGACCGCUGGAGCGAAACUCGUGCUCAGCUUCUCGCACAAAUGGACGUCAGCAUGGGGGGCAGAGUCGCAGAGGAGCUUAUAUUCGGGGAUGAAAACAUCACCACUGGAGCAUCCAGUGACUUUGAUGGGGCAACUAAAAUAGCAAAAAUGAUGGUGACCCGAUUUGGAAUGAGUGACAAGCUGGGAGUCAUGACCUACACAGACUUGUCCAAACAAAGCCCAGAGACGCAGGCUGCUGUUGAGCAGGAGGUCAGGAUGCUGCUACAGGAUUCCUAUGAACGUGCAAAGAAACUUCUCAAGACCUACAGCAAGGAGCAUAAGAAACUUGCAGAUGCCCUCUUGACAUAUGAGACUCUGGAUGCUAAGGAGAUCCAAAUGGUCCUAGAGGGCAAAUCAUUGGAUCCUAGAUGAUGGUGCAUUUCAUCUGUAUAAAUAUGAAACUGUACAGUGAAGCCUCUACCAAGAAGUCGUUGUUUUUCCUCUUUCUCUGAAUACAAGCAAGGCAAAAAAAUUGUUUCAGCCAACACAUAAUUUUUAUCAUUCAUAGAACAUGUUCACAGAGGUCUCCUCAAAUCCACAUAUCACAAAUAUCCUCUUGCCUUUGUCAGUCUAAGCUGUCGUAGUACCAGAGGAGACUAAUAUUUUUGCCAUAUUUGCAUCAAAUCAAUUUUUUACCCUGAGAUCAAGAAACAAGUUUGCCCUGAAUUUAAUUCUCAUUUGUAGAUUCCCUGACAAUGGUUAAUGGACUUCCAGGGUUGUCACAAACCAUCCAAUUGUGUACAAUAUGCUGCCCUGCUAUAAGCAAAGAUGCUGUACUUUAUGGCUAUUCACCAGGCUUAUUAUUGGGUCAGUUCUUUGCUGUUUUAAAAUGAAAUGUCUGAUGAAUCGUUUAAACAGAGGCAAAAUUGUUUGGUUGCAAAGGAACUUUUAGGUCACCUCAGAUAUUUCUUGAAAUUAUGAUGUAAGUAUAUUAAAAUGUUUUCCUCUACUCACAGAAAACUCCAUGUGAUUGGAUGAAUGUAAUCAGAUACACAGAUUUUACUAUACAAUUUAAAAUAAUGUGAUACUGGUAUGGAUUGAAUUUAAAGUACCUCCCUUUGAUGCCAAGGUCAAAUCUAUGAAACAGGAAUCGCAAACAACUGGUAGAGUUGGACAUUGUCCUUACAUCACAGUCCUGAUUUUUAAAUGCAGUAAAAAUUACUGCAUGUAAACUGCAGUCAAGGAUAACUGACCACAGUUUGGUUCAUCCAGUACUCUAUUUAUUUGUGUAGAAUGUCAUGGGUGUGCCAUUGCUGUAAGUUUUAGGUCCACAUAUGCUACUUUACUGUAUUCUGUGAAUUGAAAAGGCAAUGUGAGGAAAACACUGUAUAUAAGUGUGUAUAAUACCUGUGCUGUGUGUGUUCUUUUUAAAUUAAACCCAUGCUUGGAUCUGUUUCUCACAUUCAGAAAUGGAAUUGGGUGAUGCGCAAAUGAAUAAAGUCUAUUCAAAUAUC